CUCAAACAUCAACAAACUCGCCGUUCUGUUCCGCGGAUUCCCUGAUUUUUUCGUUCUUUCCAUCCGGAUGGACAACGUCGAAUCAAUCUGCCGGAUCUGUCUGACCGGUUCCGCCGGCGACAUCGACCGGCUGCUAAUUGACAUCUUCCCCCGGGAGAAGGAAGGUUCGGAGCCGGAAUUUCCGGUGCUUGAAGCAUUCCAUACCAUUUGCGGGGUCGAGGUGCAGCAGGAUGACUUGAUGCCCAAGCAGCUGUGCUCGAUUUGUUUCUCCAAGCUGGAGCAGGCGUUCAGUUUGCGACAACAAUCGCAAAAAUCGCACGAAACGUUGAGUAACAUUUUGACGAAGGCGGUUGGAAGUGGGCAGUAUGAGGAGGAUGGGGAUGAGGACCGCCUGUACGAGGUCGAGUACCUUUUGGAGGAGCAGGAAUCGGUUGAGCUGGAGUCGGAGGUGAAGAUUGAGCAGGCAGAACUUCAAGCUGCGGAAGUUGUUUGCUGCGGAUGUGACGACUCUUUCGCGAGUGAGAAUGAGCUGAGGAGGCACGCUGGACGGCGUCACCGGCCGAAGGUUUUGGUCACGGGAAUUCCUGCGGGGAGGAGGCAGUGCAACAUUUGCUUUGAGGUGUUUGAUGAGGCUGGUUUUGUAGCGCAUCGCGAGGGAAGGAAUAACGUUCAACCGUUGAAUGCUUGCAAGUUUUGCGGGUGCAAGUUUGCCUCGCGCAACGGAUUGGCGAACCACCAGCUGAAGUUUCACGGGGACAAUCGGUACCGAUGCUGCGGGUGUGACUUUAGUUCGUUGAGGCUGUCGGAAUUGAAGGCGCACGCGAAGGACCACGAACGAGAAUUUAUCUUUAAUGGACGAUUGACUGAAGGCAAGAAGUACUCGUGCAAGCUGUGUUUCGCUCAGUUUGGAACCGUGGCGCUGAAACGCCAUCACGAGCGAUUCCCGUACCGCAAGCUUAAGUCCAAACAACCGAGACAAACCGACGAAGUCACCGUCUCCAUCCUGCGCUGCUGUGGCUGUCCGAAGAUCUACCCGACAUAUCCGGAGCUACGCGCUCACCAGCAGGAAAUUCAUCUGCCACAGCGUCCAAACAACCCCGAUCUGGCGAUGAUGGUCGAGUGCGCGGGUUGCUACCGCCAGUUCCGAAACAAGGCUUACCUCAAUAGACACCUCCGGCAAGCAGCGGAAAAGAAGCUAUUCGCUUGCGGCAAGUGCAGCGUGACUCGGAGAACUCUGAAAGAGCUGAUGGAACACGAAGCGACGCACACCGGGGGAGAAGCGUUCGUUUGUUGUGGUUGUCGGGAGGGUUUCGCUUCGAAGGAGGAACUGGAACGGCACUCGAAGGAGGUGCACGCGCGAAGACCGAAGGUUUACCUAAACGAUGAGGAGAGUACGGAGCGGCCGUUUGAGUGUGGCGUGUGCUAUCGAAGAUACAAGUCGGCGCGGGAUUUGCGAGGUCAUCAACGGUUCGUGUACUACGAGAAGGUACACAUUUGCGAGACGUGCGGGAAAGGCUUCGCCCAGGAAAACUCGCUCGCCGUGCACCUGGCCACGCACAAAUCCCACCCGGAGUUCCCAUGUCCAACGUGCGGAAAAAAGUACAAACACGAGUCGAACGUGCGCAACUGCGUCGCCCGACACGAGCGCCCCAAGCAGCACCGGUGCAAGAUCUGCAACGUGACCUUCCCGGCCGCCUCCAAUCUGUACUCGCACAUGGUUUCGCACUCGGAGGAACGUCGCUUCAAGUGCGACGUGUGCGGCAUGACGUUCAAGCGAAGUUUUCACCUGCGCAAGCACCAAAACACCCACACCAGCGUGCGCAACUUUGCCUGCCGGCACUGUCCGUCGCGGUUCAGCACGACAACGGAGCUGUACAAGCACGAAAUCCGCCACACCGGUCAGUAUCCGUACCAGUGCGGUGUCUGCCGGAAGCAGCUGACCACGCGACAGGUGUUCAUCAAGCACGUCGAGAGUCACGUAGCCGACGGGGAUAAGGUGCACCGGUGCGAGCUGUGUCCAGCCCGGUACAGCCAGGACCACUUUUUGUCCAACCACGUCAAGUACACGCACCGACUGGAGCCGCAGGACAAGAGUUGGAACGAGAAGUUUAACCGGCGGGGGCCGUCGAAUCGGAUGAAGGGCGGUGUUCGGAUUGCCGGGGUGUUGCUGGGAGGAGGGGGAGGUCCGGGGAUCGUCGAGCAAGGGGAGGAAGAACAGGGAGAGGGAGAUACUUAUGAGCUGCUGAUCGAUGAGCAGAUGGAGGGCAUGGAGGAGAUUGCCGUGGAGCUGGAGAUACGGGAUGAAUAAAGACGCUUUACUUU